CAUGAAGCAAUAUUAAAUCAAAUAAUUGGAAAAGAACAAGCGUUGAAUCUUGAAUUUUGACAAGUCAUGUAUCUGACUUAGCAACCCAUAAUCGAAUGCAAUUUGGUCAAAAUUCCGAAGGGUGAUUAAUCUUUUUUUUACUUGUUAAUUAAUUACUAGUAUUUAUCUUCAACUUGUAGAGAACAAACAUGACCCAAACCCAUUGUCCCAAAAAUCGCCGGCUGAAAUAUUAUUGUGCUUGGACUCUCUAUUAAAACACGCAGCAGCAAUCAUACAGAUACAUUUUAUAUCGACAGAGAGAGAAGAGGGACGAAUCGACUUACCCCCCAUUCCACAAGUUGAUCCAAUUAUAUAUAUACACACACCCAUCUUGCGAAAUUACAGAUAUCCCUCUUCUUCGACUUGUUUUCAGAUCUUAGAGUCCAUUGAGCGAUCUUUUCUCAUUGAAGAUUACUUUGAAAGAAACAGUCGAUUCAGAUAAAAUAUCGCGUGAAUCAGGUUCAUAUAUAAAUCUUGAUCUUGAAGUCAAUUGGUGGGCUUUUUCUUUAAAUCUUUGAGCUUAUUGACCAUUGUCAAAAAGGGUCAAAUCUUUGUGGACAUAAUCGUGUGAUGCAUAGAAUUUAAAUGAAGUUAGCAAAGGCGUGGCGUUUAGGCAUGAAAGACAUGCAGAUCUUGCCUCCGCCACGUCAUCGUGGUCACCAAUUAAAAAAACCAACAUGGAUACUUGUAUUGAUUUCAUUGGUUUGCAUGUUUUUAGUUGUUGCUUAUAUUUAUCCACCUCAAACUUCUAGUGCCUGUUAUAUCUUCUCUUCUUCUGGUUGUGAGACGUUUUCUAGUUGGCUUCCUCCUCCUAUAAGAGAAUUUAGUGAUGAUGAAAUAGCUUCUCGUGUGGUAAUUAGUAGCAUUUUGAAUGCCCCUCCAAUUCAUUCCAAAAAUCCCAAGAUUGCUUUUAUGUUCUUGAGCCCUGGAUCAUUGCCUUUUGAGAAGUUGUGGGACAGAUUUUUUCAGGGCCAUGAAGGUAGAUUUUCAAUCCAUGUUCACGCAUCCAAAGAAAAACCAGUUCACACCAGUCGUUAUUUCAUCAAUAAAGAAAUUCGCAGUGGCUCGGUAGAUUGGGGGAAAAUUUCAAUGGUUGAUGCAGAAAAACGACUUUUAGCAAAUGCAUUGAAGGAUCCUGAUAAUCAACACUUUGUUUUACUUUCUGAUAGCUGUGUACCUCUGCGUGAUUUUGACUAUGUGUACAAUUAUCUCAUGUACACAAAUAUCAGCUUCAUUGACAGUUUUGAGGACCCUGGCCCACAUGGAAGUGGAAGGUACUCUGAACAUAUGUUACCUGAAGUUGAGAAGAAAUAUUUUAGAAAGGGUGCUCAGUGGUUUACAAUGAAGAGACAACAUGCAGUUAUAAUCAUGGCUGAUUAUCUUUAUUAUGCAAAGUUCAGAGAUUAUUGCAGGCCUGGCAUGGAUGGACAACGGAAUUGCUAUUCUGAUGAACACUACUUGCCAACCUUUUUCCAUAUGCAUGAUCCGAAUGGAAUUGCAAAUUGGUCAGUGACACAUGUUGAUUGGUCAGAAGGAAAAUGGCAUCCAAAAUCUUAUGGGGAGAAGGAUGUUUCUGAACAGCUCCUAAAAAAUCUUACGUCCAUCACCGAAAGUGUUCAUGUUACAAGCGAAGAAAGGAAGGAAACCAUGAUCAUGCCAUGCCUAUGGAACGGGAUGAAUCGGCCAUGUUACUUAUUUGCAAGAAAAUUCACACCAGAGACUCUAGAAACCAUGAUAGAUCUUUUCUCAAACUACACAUCAUCAUCAUCAUCAUCAUGAGAGAGAGAUUCUUGAUUCUUGAUUCUUGAUUCUCGUUCUGAUUCUUUGG